AUGGAUAGAGCCCUAGACAGUCUCGCGGAGUUGCGGAGCGGAGGCGAGCUGGAGGAGGGCGGCCGCCGUGAGUCGCGCGGCCGUGCAGCCGAGGCGUGUCAGACUGUCGUUUCGGGGGGUUGCGGGAGGUGGGCCGACAGCGAGUGCGAGGUGGCUGGCGCGCCAGCUCCGGAUCUGCUUCGCGCGCCUUUGUUGCCUCUUCGUUUGCAACGGCAUACAGCAGGCGACGGCCUCGCGACGGCCUUCGCUAACCGCGUGGAGGCGAGGGCCCCGCAGGAAGCCGGGGCUUUCUCGGCGUCACCGCGCUUCAAGGCGAUAAAGGAGAGACUCGCGGCGAAGCCCAGGCUCGGCAUCGUCCUCGUCGACCUCCCGCAGAUUGAGAGAGAGAGGCUGAUUCGCGAAGAGGGAGAGCGGAACAGGAAGAAGCUCGCCGCCGCCGCUGAGCGUGAGGAGAGAACGAAGAAGGCGGUCGCGUCGCGGGGGGAAAAACCCAAGAGAAAGCGAGUCCUCGCGGACAGCGAGGGCGCGGCAGGAGGAAGGUCAGAAGAAACGCGGCUGGCGGUUAUAGAAGGGUCCACGCCUGCGGAAGUUUUUGGCGAGAGAGAAGGAGAGACGAGCCGAGAGGCUCACGCAGGCGACCGCGAGGAGACAGGGGGACGCCGACUCGAAAUCACGCCUUUCGCGGACGAGAGACGCGCAGUCUCCUCCGCCUCGCGUGCGCCGGCUGCCAGAGGGACCCGCCCUCGCGGGCGCCCUCCGCGGAAGGCCUCGCGUCUGGGAGCUGCGGCCCCCGAUGCGCAGGAGGGGCGAGCGCGCGCAGGAGACAAGACCGACUCAGGGCUCGCCCGUGGAGGCAAGUGGAGCCCGAGAGCCGCUUUCGAGGACGGGGCGACGCAGGCCGCAGUCGAAGAGGCGGGGCGGGCGGGCGCCCCACUCGCCCAGCUGCAGGAGGCGGAAGAAAAGCAGAAAGCGAGAAGGAGGUCUGAGGGGGGGAGAGAGGAACCUGGAGACAGGGGACGCGGCCGGGGGCGGGCCCGACGGCGCAAAGAAGAAGGCGCGCGGGAGUCUCCGGAGAAACGCCGGAGGCCGCGCGCUCGAGGCGUGGAGAGUGACGCAGAGAGGCAUCCGCUCGAUGCAGAGACAACCCCAAGUCGAGGAGGCGGCAGCCGCUCUCUCGAAAGGAAACGAGUGAUACCUGGAGAAGUCACGGCCGGCGGCAGUUCCUCCUCGCUGAAUUCGUUCUUUACCCCUCUCGUCGUGCCUCCUGCGCGUCCGUUUGCGUCGCACUCCUCGUCGAGCGCCUCUCUCUCGCCGCCUGCAGUCUCCUCCAGGUUGUUUUGCGUCGGCCGCCCAGCCUCCUCAUCUUCCGCACCUGGCGUGUCUCAGUCGCCGCCUCGCGCCUCCUCUUCUUCCACGUCUUCGUCUUCUUUUUUGCGCGCCUGCUCGCUCGGCUCGCCCGCUCCAUCGUCUGAGUCUCCGCAUGCAGCGCCUCGAAGAUGGCGCGUGUCUGUCUCCGCCGCGGACAGCGGCGACGGCGAGCCCGUGGCGCUCCCGUCCGCUGGCCUCUUGAGGCCUGCGCCGAAUCGUCCGCGUCCUCCGGAGGCCUCUGCUGUCUCUGCGGAGGCGCAGCCUAACACUCCGCGAACGCACUCACUCUCCCCCCAGUCUUCUCGCUCGUCUUCUUUCACCUCUGCUUCCUGCCGCGGCGCGUCUCGCUCGCCCUCUUCGCUGUCCCCCUCCUCUCCUCCCUCGCCGGGAUGGGGGGGGGCAUCGUCGCCCUCCAGUCUCUCUGCCUCCGCGCCGUUUGCUGCCGCCGAGUCUGCGGCGCUGCCUCUGGCUUCUGUGCCGUGUGUGGCGGCGGAGUGUCUGUGUGCACAGAACGCCUGGCUUCGGCGCGACUUAGUUGGGCGAUUCGAGCGCCUUCUUCGGCGAUUUUCGCGGGAGAUCCGCGAGACGCUGCAUGUGACGGCUCACACCGCGGAGGCGGUUCAUGCCUUCUCCAGAGUGCUUCUGAAACUCGCACACCGCCCAGAGGACGCCGAGGCGCCGGCAGCGCGCGCGCGAGAGCCGAAGGAGGCGCGCGGAGAAACGCGGAGAAACGCGGACGAGUCGCGGAAGGGGCGGUUGCGGGCUGGGGACGAGACGCCGCACAGACGCCAGGCGGAGACUGCGCGCAGGAAAAGGAAGCCUGACGACGACGGCGCGCGAAGAGCCCCGAAGGUUCAGCGCCACAUACGGAAGGCGGAGCGAGGCGCUGACAGGGAGACCGACGCGAGGACCGAGGGGGAGGGUGCGGCCGAGGCACGGUGCAGCGACGACGCGUGGGGGUCGAAGCGAAGGAAGGAAUGGAGAGAGGAGUGCCGAGAGAGUCGAAGUGGGGAACGCCACGCGAGUCGAGACGUGCGCGCGUCCCUCGACGCGGAGCAUGUGAGGGCGCAGGGGCGCGUGGAAGGAAGGCGAGAGGAGUGGGAGGCGGCGAGGCUCGCGCUGGCGACUGAGAGCCGCGAGGAAGUCGAGAUCCUCUGCGAAACAGGGAGACAGCUCCGUGACGACGACACCGCGGGUGUGCCAAGCAUAGAAGCCAGCGCCGCGAAGACCGCGAAAGGCAGGAAACAGCGGACGUCGGUCGCCUCGAGAAACGCUGCCGAAGAGAAGAGAACGAGCCAGAAGACAGGGGCACGGAGGACAGAGACAGGAGAAGGCGCACGUUUCGAGAAGGAAGGCGUACACGCAUCGCGAGAAUCGCUUCCUCCGCUCCCCCGUGUUUCCUCGCCGUCUAGCCCGCAGGGGUCGCCUCUGGGUUCACCGUCUGUGUCACCUUCGUCCGAUCCGUGUUCAUCUUCCUCUUGUUCUUCCUUGUCUUCCUCCCCGCUCAGCGCGACCUUCCGGAGUUCGUCGCCGGCUCUGCCUCUCCCGUCGUUGCCUGCGCGCCAUCCGCAGGCGACGUUGCCUUCGGUUCCUCGCUCGCCUUCGAGGCACUCGCCCUCUUCGUCUUCCUCUUCUUCUUCCUCCUCUGCGGCAUCGUUGUCAGGCAUCUCUCCCGGCCCCUCGCCCCUCCAGUCUUCCGCGCCGCUUCCUCUGGCGGAGGCGCGCGAGCCGCGCUGCACGUCGUCUUCGGUGCAGUUUUCUUCUGCUCCGUCGCGUGCCUCCGCCAGCCCAGCCAGCCCCUCAGGCCUUGCUUCGCUGACUCCGUCGCGUGCGCCUGUGAGGUGUCCUGCGUCGCUCGCGGUCUCAGGCGUCCCGGCUUUCGCUACAUCUUCCUCAGCCCCUUCGCGCUUCCUCCCGGCGGCGUUGCGUCCGCGCGGUCGCGGGGCCGCCGCCUCGCCCUCGCUGCGCGCCUCUGCACCCCGCCGCUCGGCGCUCGCCCAGGCGCGAGGAGACCGGAGAGGAGAGAGGGCAGACACCCUGCACCCGCCUGCGCGGCCGCUGGGGGCAGCAGAGGAAAAAUCCCGCGCGAAGGAGACAGAGGAGGACGCCGCUCGAGACAGCGGCGGGGGUGAGCACACCGCCCUCGACAGAGCUGCGCACAGGCGGGACCAGGCAAACAGUGCCGUCAGCAAGUCUGCGGAGAGCAUGGAAGGGCUGGAGCAACCCGCAUCGGCGCACGGAGAUCUGCCGGAGACACGUCCGGGGACGACGCAGGCAGGUUCGAAGGCCGCAGUCUCAGAUGCGUCGGCUCCCGCGUCCGGCGCGUCCCUCGAAGGUCCAGUGGGGACAGCGUCGCGAACGGCUCCGCGUGACCCUCCGUCUCGAGGCGCGCAGCCUCCCUCCUGUGCGGGCGCACAGUCGGCUCCCUCUGCUGCGUCCGCCCAGGCGUCUCCUGCCUCCACGUGCGCCUGUUCGUCCCCCGCGGCGCCGUCUUCCGUGUUUUCGGCGCGCGCAGUCGCCAGCGCUGCGGAUGAGUUCUCGCCGUCGUCGCUGCCUGCGCGCGCGCAGGACGCGGUUGCCUCGUGGCUCCGCUGCGCGCGUCCCAGCGAAGCUUCGGUUCUGUCUUCGCUUCUCCCGUCGCCGCUUCUACAGAAAGUGACCUCCUCCCUCGCGUAUCCUCUCCCUCCUCCGUCUGCCUCUGCGCCGGCCUCCUCUCCAGUCCCUGCGCCAGUCUCUUCUUCAGUCUCUGCACCAGUCUCUUCUUCAGUCUGUGCUCCUGUCUCUUCUUCAGUCUCUGCACCUGUCUCUUCUUCAGUCUCUGCACCUGUCUCUUCUUCGGUCUCUGCGCCAGUCUCUGCGUCUUCUGCUUCGCCUCCGGGCCCCGCCCCCUCGUGCGGCGCCUCGCCGCUCUGCAGCUCGGCGGCUGCGUCGCCGCUCUCUGCGAGUCUGGCGUCGCGCUUUCCCGCGGCGAUUUCGCUCGGUCGGGCGGUUCGAGGGCGUCAGAGGGACAGAUGCAACGCGGCGGGGGAGAGCGACGGCGCGCGCGGGCGGGCCUGCGACGGAGGCGCGUCCUCUCCGCCGCGCGAGGGCGAGUUCCGGCGACCGACGCCGGACGCGGCGCUCGUUCGACAGAAGCCUCGCGGGGGCUGUGCGACUGAGAGGGAAGAAGGCGAGGCGACCGACGCGGCAGUCGAAGGAAACGCACUGGAGACGCGAGUCGAGGCCAGCGCGCGGCGAGGCGCAGGCGCGGGCGGAGCCGGCGGAGGGGAAAACGGGGUGGCUGAGAGAAGACCGGACGCGGGCACGAACGAAGAAAGCGACAGGGGAAGCCUGGGCCCCCCCGCCUGCAGGAACGGGACAGCCAGCGCGGGGGGGGCAGGGCGACUUCCCGCCUCGACGGGGGGGGAGGAGGGAGGCGGGAGCGCGAACGAGCAGGGACAGCAACUGGGGCGUUUGUGCGGCAGCAGCAAAGAGAAGCAGACUCUUCUCGCGUCGCUAGACUUGGAUGUUUUCAUCCACCAAAGGCCCCUCUCGGGAGACGCUGUCCUGGCGAAUCUCUACACGGCGGAUCGCUACCGCGGAGGGGGCGCAGAGUCGCGCGCGCCUGAGGCGGCCGGAGGUCGGGCUGGGGCUGGGGGCAGCGACGCCGAGCAGGGAGAGGAGGCUGAAAGGCGCAGACGCGAGCGGCAGAGUCAGUUGUGUUUUUCGCUUCUUUUUCCGGCGCAGAAGGAGGGAGCGGCUGCGGAGAAGGGCGACGGCGCCGGUUCCCCCGAAGGGGCUGAGGUGAAGAAGAAGAAGAAAACGCGUUCCAGGGAGGGUCAGGAGCGCCAUAGGAAGCGAUGGGAAGAGAUCAAGAGACGCAGACUCGCGCUGGAGCAAGUCCGGAGACAGCGGGCAGGCGGGCAGCAGUCCUGA